UGUACGAUACACGUGCACAGUGGUGGGAGAUGGUAAAAGACAGGACGAGACGGUUUUUUAAAAGAAAAGAUGAAGAGGGCGAUGUUUUACUUCCUGUGGGGGUCCAAGUGGGAGCGACUCCGAAGAGAAGUAGUGAAGAAAAGACCUGAGAAAGGAGGGAAGGGGCUCCCAGACCCUUACCUGUUUUUAACAAGCAAAUUCACCGCCCUGCACAUGGCGUACGCGACGACCCCAUCCAGAGAUAACAAGACGGCAACCAUGGUGAAAUUCUGGAUGGGGUCGUACCUGAGGACAAAAGAAUACGGACCGGGAAGGAGUGAGUCCCGUCCCAGGCCUCAGUCUGAACGCGGCCCACCCCGCCCUCCCGAACAAGCACAAAGAUCUGUUGUGGAUGCACUCCCGGGGGAUGGCAUCAAACCCCACGUGCGGCAUGUGCUCUGGGAAUGCAGCGUGGCGAGGGACCUGUGGGCCAGAACCGGCCCGCUACAAUGCCCGAGCCUACCAGCAGCGGAGGUCCACCCGCGAGUUUACCGGCUAGCGGUGAACGGGGUGGGUCAGGGCUUAGAAAAAUUGCCAGCCGCGGAGUUCACCACGCUCUGGCUCACCCUUACCAGCGUGACAGCUGCCUUGUGGACCUCCCGCGACCUGUUGGUGGGGAAGCAAGUGACGGUGCCCCUGCGUCGCCAAUCGGAGGAGGGGGCUGGGGCCACACGCAGGGGGUCCAGACCACCACGGGCGAUGGCUCCUGUCAAUGCACCGCCAACUGAUCACGAGAAGGACGGAGCAUCGGGCACAGGGUGAGGAUCUCCGCUGAGCUGCAGAACGAGACACCGGAUUCAACGGAGGAGCGGGGUGGUGCAAGGAGGACGAGGACUCACCCUGGUCCUGCAUAGAGGAGCGUGUUUUAACUGCGUUGUUUUACCUGGACUUUUACUGGACUUUUAUCGGACCUUUUAAACCGAUAUAACUCUUUACUUUUAAAAACAAGAUAAACUUUUAACAUACUGAAAGAAGCUUUUAAAUGUUCUUUUACCUGUGCGGACAUUUU